CUCCAAGCUGGCGCAACAGGAACGGGGAUCGGUCUCGCGCUCUGGUCCAUCAGCCAGGAGCACGGACGAGAGCAUUACAGACUUAGGGACAGGCGUAGGCCCAGGCUCGAGUUCAAACUUGGACGUACGCACAGGCGCAGACAUAGGCAUAGGUACAGGCAUGUUCCAGCCUCAGCCAACCCCGUACUCGACGUUCUUUCCAUAUGGACUUCACGUAGCGAACGCGGGCCUCCCCGACUACUCCUUCGAGCCGACGCCAUUGCUAGGCCAAUUUGGCGGAGGACAUAUCGGGGGAAACGUAGCAGCUGGUGAUGGUGACGGCGGAGCUGUACGUGCCUCUGCGCGGGCUUACACGACAGCAUCGACCAAUGCUUUCCACGUCAGUGCCAGUGGCAGCGGUGGCAGCGGUAGCGGUGGCCCGGCGAGCAUGGGUCUGGGUCUCAUACAGGGCCUCGGGCUGCCUUUACCCACCACAGUAGCCGCGCCCAGCAGCACCAGCACAGCCUACCGCCACAGCGGCGGUAGCGCUAGCAGCGCCCACCCUGGCCUCUAUAACACUUCCAUGUCCGCCGUAGUUGUCCCGCGCCAUCAUCAACACCACCCACAGCACCCGCUCCAGGUCCAGCACCAACAUCAUCAACCUCAACAUCGGCACCGACCCCAGCACCCGCACCCGCACGCUCCGCGCCGCAGCGUCAUCAGCUACAAGAUGGAUCAGCAACAGGAGCUGGACCCCAACGACAUCGCCCAGCAAGAGGCCGCUGCGAGGGAUUAUGAGCCUCGGUUAGCCGGUCCUCUGGUCGGCGAGAAGACAUCCAGCCAGGCCAUCACAGAAGAGUACGCAAGAGCGGAUCCCGCCUUCGUCGCCAAAACCAUGGCUCUUCCUCAGACAUACUCACACUACCGACCCAUUCAAGGUGACGGCAACUGCGGCUACCGAGCUAUUGCAUUUGCCUAUUUCGAGACACUGGUGCAAUGCGGCGACGUCAACCUCGUCCAGAGCGAGUUGGAUCGCAUGAAUGUCCUCAAUAAGUAUAUCGAAGAUGUUGGUGGCCAGGACGCUUCUAUGAUAGAACUCAUGGUCUCGGAAACCAUCGACUUGUUCAACGACCUCAUUUCGGCCAUGUCUGAAGGCAGUGGUGCUAUGUCUAUUUUGGUGGCUAAAUUCAAUGACCCCAGCAUAUCCCAAUGCCUUGUCUAUCAUCUUCGUUUACUAGCAUGCGCAAGAUUAAAGGGGCACGCCGAUCAAUACGCGUCAUAUCUCGACACAGACAUUGAGACUUAUCUCGCCACGACGGUGAUGCCUGUCAAUCGAGAGAUCGACCAUAUUUGUGUGGUCUUGGUGCAUGACAUCCUGUUGAAGCCUGUGAACAUAGUGCUUGAGAUUGCCUAUUUGGAUCGCAGUGAAGGCAGCGAGGUCAAUGUGCACCGACUUCCCGACGAGGCUAAUGGGCAAGAUCCAUCCACCCUAGGCCCUGUCAUAUAUCUCUUGUACCGGCCUGGUCAUUAUGACAUUCUUUAUCCUGAUCAUCAGGUUCGCGCGCCACCAGUCCCGCCUGUCCCAGUCACCCCAGUCAACCUUCAGAUCAAUAGGGUCACAUCAUUUGUGCCUCACAACCAGGACUAUGAGAAUCAAGUACCGGCAUUACAAGACACAUCAUUUACGAUGGACAUGGGUGUAUUAGCUAUGAUUCCGGGACUAUCGUCGUCCUUUGGCCCUCCUUCCGCUAGCCCAUCUCCGAUGACGGACCAAUAUGCAGCUUCCCCUGGCCCGUCUUGGGUCUCACAACCAGGUAUAUCGGCAUCCCUUAACCAGCCGACUCCUCCGCAGCCACGGGCGACGGACCAUCCAGUUCGCUUCAGCAAAUAUAGUUUUCUUCCCAACCCCCAAGAAGCCGCAACGGGAAAUAACACAUAUGAACCUUCAUGCAUGACCAAUACCUUUAAAAAUAGUCAUUUCAACACGGCGCACUAUAAUAACCAAAAUUUCCAACCGGAGAUGUACCAACCAGACGCCGAAGAGGAGGCCCAAAGUAGUGGAAAUAACAGGAUAGGGGGUCGAAAAAGGAGCACCGAGAAUUGCUCAGGCAUAAAAAAGGAGAAGUAGGCAUAGAGGAGUCUGCGGGUCUUGCUUCAUUGCGCUAGUCUGGUUGCAUCUUUUAAACCGGUGUUGCGGCUCGUAGUGAUUUCACCUCUUUAUGCUUUUAUUCUUGUCCUGUCAUUUGUUUUUUUUUUUUUUCACGCGCACUUGGUAUAUCAACAGAGUGACCAAUUCUAGCAAGGAGUUGUUGUGCUUUUUGUUACGAGCGAAUCGGCAUUAUGGCUACGGCAUAACGGGAGCACGCGGGCUAAUGCGUCGACCCCGUCGCGAUGAGAACACGACUUUAUCGUUUACGUUAUGAGACAGACAGCAUUGUGCUUUAGGGCACGAUUGAAAAGAGUCCAUGGGACAACGUG